UGUCUUCAGCGGCCGGAAGUGCAGAUUCCUUCCUAUCUCUGCAGUCUUCACUCUGUUAAUCAUCUCUUGUGUUUAUUACAAAACAUAAUUAUUCUGAAAAGUGUUGUUUUGCUCAAGGUUUUUAGUCGUAAAUGUAUCAGGACAAAAAACGGAUGUGGGCAUUGGUGCGUCAGCGCUGCUCACCGUCCUUUAACUAGAUUGGAUAUAAACGUUACGUUAAUGGGUCCUGCCCUCCCAAACAUGUUAAGCACCCAAAGCGUUUGGAUGGAAUAAAAAAACAAAUGAAAGGUCGCAGUUUUACUGUUGGAGGUAUCUGAACAUUUUCACAGAUUUUUCCUAAAAUUGAUAACGCAAUUGGAGCAAGCCUGCUAACUAGGCUCUCUGUUUCCUGAGCAGCCUGUUCUAAAUGAACAUGUCGUUGGCCCAGCGCGUGCUCCUCUCCUGGGUCUUCACCCUAAUAUUCCUCAUCAUGCUGGUCCUCAAGCUGGAUUCCAAGAUCCAGUGGAACUGGUUCCUCAUCUUUCUCCCUGUCUGGACCUUCGACACCAUACUCAUCCUCAUGCUGGUGGUGAAGAUGGCGGGCCGCUGUAAGCCCGGGUACGAUCCGCGGGACGGCCAGCAGAACGUGAGGAGGAAGGUGUGGUACCUGGUGGCCAUACUGCUGAAGUUGGGCUUCUGCCUGGCGCUGUGUGCCCACCUGGAGCAACUGAUGGAACUGCGGCUGAGCGUGGUGUGCGUCCCCCUUUGGACCCUGCUGGUCGGGGCGCUGGUGGAGCUGGGCUACAACGUGUUCCACUACCGCAGGGACUGAGAAGAGGGGUAGAGGGAAGAUGUGAGGGGUUUGGUGGUGAAAUCCCUUAAAAUGAACAGUGAGAAGGAAUUGGAACAUUGACUGAUUUAUCCACAGAACAUCAGGAGUUACCUCAGGAGACUCUCACUCUAAGAUCCACAUGACUUCAGGAUUAUAGGUCAUAGACUGUCUUUAACUUCUCUUUCCCAGUAGGGGGGACAUGAGACAGAGAUGCAUGUGUCCUAACUGACUCUCUUUAUGCCACGUGAGAUUAUUGCGACUGUUUGAGACUUCAGCUACAGAAUCACGUGUGUGUGUAAUGACGAUUCUUCUCUGCGGGGGAAGACGAUGUGCGCACACACAUUUGACCUCCCAGAGGAAUGACCUCUCUUUGAUAUGCUGGUCAGAGGUCGACAGGGGGAGCCUGUGAUUGGAAGAAGCUCAGGGUUCUAAAAUGCAGUUUCACACAAACUCCCCUGGCUGAGUUCACUGGUGUUGGUCAACAGUGUAAUUGCCUCAUAUUAAAUAUAGGCUCAUCAGAAAGAAGCAAAUUGUCACCUUUCUGUUAAAUAGGCUGAGAAACAUUUUAGAUACUGUUGGUCGCUGUGGUUUCAAUGUUAACUGUUAAGGAGAGUGUAUUCACUUCCUCAUUGAACACUUUUUUGUGAGAUAAUUUCCUGUCUGGCACACGUGAGCUCACGUAGAGCUCAUAUAGUCGAACCAUUCUCAGUCUUUGAGUCGUGACCUGGGGCUGGUCCAUGAAGCCAGUUUACCAAAUAAGCCAGGUUUAUGUCAGGGAA